AUGUCUACUGGUCCAAAUACUCCUGAAGAAUAUGAAGAAGAAAUUUUACAAAGUUUACAAAAUUUAAGUUUUGAAGAAACAGCUACAAUAAAUGAAGAAGAUUUGAAUAAAAAUUUAGAGUUAGCUCAAAAAAAAUAUGUAGAUGAAGAAACUCAAAAAUGUUUAAAAUGUUCUAAAAUAUUUAAUUUAACAACAGCAACUACUUCUAUUCAUACUCAUUUACAACAGCAACAUAAUUUAUUAUUAGAAAAAGAAAAAUCAAAUCUUUUAAUUAAAAAAUAUUCAGUAGAAAUUCAAGCAGAAAAAACUCAGCCAAUUUUUGAAUGGAUUAUCUUAGCUCUUAAACCAUUUAAAGUAAUAGAAGAUAAAGCUUUUCAAAAUAUAAUUCAUAAACUUGAUCUAUUUUAUCAAAUUCCUAGUCAUAAAAUUAUUAAAACUUUAACAUCUUUAAAAAUGGAAAGUUUUAUGGCUAUUACAAUUCACUUUAUUGAUGAAAAUUGGAAUUUACAGCAUUUUGUAUUAGAUAUAUUUCACUUUAAAAGAUCUCAUACUGGAAAAAUUAUUGCUGAUAAACUAUAUAAUUUACUUGAAGAAUUUGAAAUUGAAACUAAAGUUAUUGCAUUAACUACUGAUAAUAGUUCUAAUAUGAUUUCUGCUGCAAAUUUUUUACAAGAUAAAUUAACUGAUUUUUGUCAUUAUAGAUGUAUAGCUCAUAUACUUAAUUUAGUAGUUUCAGCUGGUUUAAAUCUUUUAGAUAAUUCAAUUAAAAAAUUAAGAAAAUUAAUUAAAAUGAUCCGUAAAUCACCUAAAAUUUUUGAAGAUUUAAAAAAUAUUAUAACUUUAGAUGAUAAGCCUUUUUUAGCUCCAAUUUUGGAUUGUAAAACAAGAUGGAAUUCAACUUAUCAGAUGGUUAAAAGAGCAUGUUUACUUUAUGAAUCUAUAGAAAUGUUAUUAGUUAAAUAUUCAAAUUUAAAAACUUAUAUGCCAAAUGAAGAAGAUUGGAAAAUUUAUAAAAAUUUAGUUGAUUUAUUAAAACAAUUUUAUGAAGCUACUAUUGAACUUUCAUCACAAACUUAUCCAACAAUAGCACAUGUACAAAUAAUUUUAUUAUCUCUUAGAAAUGAUUUAGAAUCUAAAAAAGAUAUAAAUUUUUCAUUACAUUAUGUUAAUGAUGCUAUGUUAUAUAAAUAUAUUGAAUAUUUUAAUUUAAUAACUGAAUCAUUACAUAUUUCUGCUUUUUUAGAUUCUAGAUACAAAAAAUAUUGCUUUCCUAAUAUGACUGAUGAAGAGAUUCUAAUACCAAUUAGACAAAAAAUAAAUCAACAAUUACCUUUAUCAAUAAUUAAACCUAAAAAACUAUCAAAAGCAGAUGAAACUAUAAAACUUUUGAAUUGGUGGAAUACUCAUACAGCAGAAUAUCCAAUACUUUCAGAACUUGCUCAUAAUUAUUUGUAUAUUCAAGCUAGUUCAGUUCCAU